AUGGACUUUGACAUCAAGGCCGUGAUUAGACCAAAUAUUUUGAAGCUAAAACCGUAUCGCUGUGCGCGGGAUGACUUUAGUGAGGGUAUCUUGCUAGAUGCUAAUGAGAAUGCGUUCGGGCCGGUAGUGAAAUUCAGUAGGUUACCAGCUUCGUUACAUCGGUAUCCAGACCCUCAUCAGCUAGAGCUGAAAGGGCUUUUGGCUAGCUAUCGUAACGCAGCCUCGGCCUUCCGGGAAGAGGGGUUGGCGCCAUUGACGGCGAAGAAUAUAUGCCUUGGAGUUGGCUCUGACGAAAGCAUUGAUGCGAUUAUAAGGGCCACUUGCUCCCCAAGAGAGCAAAAGGUUAUGCUGCUUCCACCAACGUAUGGUAUGUACAAGGUAUGUGCUGAUAUAAAUGAUGUGGGGUACGUUGAAGUGCCAUUGAUCAGCAGCGACAACUCCUUCCAGAUAGACGAAGACAGGAUUCUAGAGCAGCUCAACUUGGACAAGAGUAUUAAGGUUGUGUUUAUCACAAGCCCUGGCAAUCCAACAGGUGCCUGCAUUGAGGUGGGACGUGUUGAGAAACUUCUCCGCAACUGGACUGCCGGCAUCGUUGUGGUCGAUGAAGCUUACAUUGACUUCUCUGCCGACAAACCUUCACUAAGUCCAUUAGUGAACAAACACCCAAAUCUUGUCGUACUUCAAACGCUAUCUAAAGCGUCUGGGUUGGCAGGAAUUCGGCUGGGCUUCACUUUUGCCUCAACUCAAAUCGCAACUGCCUUAAACGCCAUGAAAGCACCAUAUAACAUAUCACAGAUAACAGCGAUCAUAGGGAUAGAGGCGUUGCAACCGGAAGCGUUGAAAUUAAUGCAAAAACAUAUAGACCAGAUAAAUACAGAAAAGAGGCGGAUUAUAAAGGCACUGGCGACGUUAAACCAUAUUGAAAACGACCCGGUUGGUGGUCUGGAUGCCAACUUUAUACUUUUUAGGGUUCGCGGGGGCGAUAAUAGCCUUGCAAAAAAACUAUACUACAGUUUGGCAACUGAAUCCGGCGUAAUUAUUCGGUUCAGAGGUACCGACUUAGGUUGUGAAGGUUGUAUUAGAAUUACUGUCGGAACACCUGAAGAGAAUGAUGUUUUGAUUAAGGAAUUUACAGAAAAGCUGCAACAACUGACUGAAGACUAG